UCCCCACGAGGUCUGCAGUUGCACUCCCCUUGGCCAAUUGCAGAGCCGAGUACGAGAUGGGGAUAAAGCUAUCUACGGCUAAAAGCCUAAAACCUCCUGUCUGAGAGGAAAGCAAGAAAAUGGCAGCGCCACCUCUCAGCCUCGCACGCCGCGUCGCCGGCGCCUCCUCCCCUGCCGCCGCGGCGCAUUCCUCCUCCCGUUCCCGCUACUUUCGUCCUCGCCUGCUCCCUUCAAAGCGGUGGAGUGGGGUGGUGAAGAUGGGGGCGGCAGUGGGGGACGGGCAGGGGGGCGAGGAGGAGGAGACGAGGCAGGCCAAGGAGAUGGCCGCUGCCAGGAGGCGGUGGGAGACGCUGAUCAGGGAGCAGAAGAUUAAGACCCUUACACCAAGGGAAGCUGGCUAUACAUUCAAACUCACGGACAAGGUCCUUCUGGAUGUUAGGCCUUCAAAUGAGCGUCAAAAGGCCUGGGUGAAAGGUUCUACCUGGAUUCCAGUAUUCGAUGUGGAUACAUCGUCUGAUUUGAAUGGCCUCAGCAAGAAAGCAUUCAACUUUAUGAUUGGUGGCUGGUGGAGUGGCAGCUCAACAAUGUCAUUCAAUAAGAACUUUGUACAGCAGACCGAGGAGAAGUUCUCAAAAGAUACAGAUAUCAUCCUAGUAUGCCAGAAGGGACUGAGAUCAAUUGCUGCCGCUGAGCAACUUUACAAUGCUGGCUUCGAAAAUUUAUUCUGGGUACAAGGAGGAUUGGAAGCUGCUGAAGAGGAGGACUUUGAGCGGGAAGGUUCCCAAGCUUUCAAGCUUGCUGGUAUUGGUGGGGUUUCUGAAUUUUUUGGCUGGACGGAUCAGCAACGUGCACAGGCUGCAAAGGAAGGAUGGGGAUAUCGGCUGCUCUUCACGGGCCGAUUGGUUGGGGCAAUUGUGCUAGCAGAUGCUCUGUUUGUGGGUGCCCAAAGUAUUGGCCCUCUGCUUCAACAAUUACAGCCUCAUUAACUGAUCGAUUCCGAGGAAGAUGCUGCGGUGUUCAAGCUAACUUGAAGGCGGCAUUUCGGCCGCUCAUCUCGAGAGAGACCCAAAACAACUGCACGAGGACACAGUUGCGGCCGUUCCUCAGGCCUGCUAUGAUAGCACACAGAGACGGAAUGUUCUUUCCUAGAAGUAUCUAGUUAUGAAUCUAGAGCCUCAUUUCUGACUCAAUGAAUUACAGAAGUUCAGGCCGCACAGGAUAAUUAUGAUUUCGUGGAAUUCUCCUGUUGAAAAUUCUGUUGAGAAAACCUUAGUCUCAAAAUAUCACAUGUGUGGAUUUUUUUUUU